UGAGAGAGGGGAGCUGGGCUGCAGACUGAGCUGCUGCUGCCUGCUUGAGCCAUUGCUCACACUCUUCUCGUGGCUGAGGAAAACCACAGCCUGCCAAGAUGUGCAAAGGAUUAGCAGCGCUGCCCCACACGUGCCUGGAGAGGGCCAAGGAGAUCAAGACGAAGCUGGGCACGCUGCUCCAGAAGCCUGACUCGGCCAUUGACUUCAUCAUUCCCUACCCGGAGAAGCCAGAGAAGCUGCCCAAGGUCCAGAAGCCAUCACCGGAGGAGGCUCUGCAGUGGCGUGAUUCCCUGGAGAAGCUCCUGCAAAACCCCUAUGGGCUUGCCAGCUUCCGCACCUUCCUGCGCUCUGAGUUCAGUGAGGAGAACGCUGAGUUUUGGGUGGCCUGUGAGGACUACAAGAAAACCAAAUCCCCUGUGAAGAUGGCAGAGAAGGCCAAGAAGAUCUACGAGGAGUUCAUCCAGACCGAGGCACCCAAAGAGGUGAACAUCGACCACUUCACCAAGGCUGUGACCAUGAAGAACCUGGCGGAACCAUCACCAAGCAGCUUUGACAUGGCCCAGAAGAGGAUCUUUGCCUUGAUGGAGAAAGACUCCCUGCCCAGAUUUGUGCGGUCGGAGUUUUAUCAGGAGUUAAUCAAGUAGCAAUGUGGCGGGGCUGUGCGAGAUGUUCCCUGCGGGCGGUCCCACUGCUUCUGUCUAAACACCUGCCCCUUCUACUGCAGCUGCUUUGCUUUCUUCAUACCACCCUAGAAGAGCACCCAGCGGCGUUGCUAAACAUCUCCCCCUGUGCUUUGGACUGCCAGAUGUCCUGCUGUUUCCUCUCUUACAGUCUCUUUCCUCUCUCACAAAAGACCCAUUAUCAGAAAUCCCUGGUGAUCCUCACUGGGUUUGGGACCCAGAGGGGCAGCAGAGCAGCCCCAGCCCCGCAGUGACCGGGAGCCACUCGGGCAGCCGGCACGUCCCUGGCACUGCAGGGCUUGGCUGUAGCCAGUGGCUCUGACACGCCGGCUCUGCCUUCUGAAGACUUCUUAGGCCAUAACAUUUCUGAAGACUUCUUAGGCCAUAACAUUUUUUCUCCCCGUUUUGCACAUAUCGCUGGUUCAGCCCAGGCUCGCUCCCUCCUCCCGGCUUCCCGGGCUGUUGCUGAGGCUGCGCAGGGCACCCACGGCUGGCUCUGGCCAGCAGCACCUGCAGCCCCGGCACGUGGGGUAGGGCAUGCCCACCACACGGCUGGCAUCACCUCACCUUCAGCAAGCAGCCGAUGGGCUGUGCAGUGAUGGCCGCAGGGCAGUGACAGCAGUGUGGCAGGGACAGUGGAACGGCAGGGAUGGCUGCAUGGCGGUGCCAGGAGCCGCACGGCUGCGUGCCACAGGUGACCCCUGGCUGGCGUGAGGGGUGGGCAGAGCGAGCCUGCAGCACCGCUUCCCCAGUUGCUUCCCACUAAAGACAGUAAGGAGGGUAAACGAGAUCUGUCUGUUCAAAACACCGGGACUGUUUAGCAACCCAGACCUCCCGCUCGCUCCAACCGCUUGCAUGACGUGCUGAGCUCGCAGCCCGCAGCCCACACCCGUGUCCCCUGUGCCCAGCUGGUGGCUGGUGGUGUGCUUGGACUGCAGCUUCAGGUGUUGCUGCAGCGGCUUCUUGCUCCAGUUGCUUCUCUCUGCAGUAGGCACGCCAAAGCGAUACUUCUGCACAAACCCAAUCGAGGGGCAUCAGUUAGAGGAGGGAGGAAAAUCAUAGUAGGGGAAAAAAUGCUGCAAUCGCAACUCUUCAGAUCCAAUUAAAAAAUAUAUAUAUAUUCAAAACGAAUCCAAAAAAACAAGCCCAAACACAAAACCAUUAUGGGAAACAUGAAAAAUAAACCCCUGCCUUCUUGAACAGACAACAAACUCUGCUGAGUUUGUGUAGCCUGCAUCUCUCCUGUCUCCUCCCGUCUGCCCAGGACGUGUUUCCAUAAGGCUGGCUCUUAAAAAGACCAGCUCUUUUGAAAUGAUUCAAAGCCAGCCCACUGUUCACUACCAGAAGAAAUGACAUCUGAGGAUGGGGCGAGGGUUUACGUGAAAGGCAGCUGGGGUCUCAUUUCAGCCUUGAGGAGAAUGUGAUGAACGCCCGUUCCAUGGGGCCUGGACGUUUUGUCCCUGCGAUGGGUUCCUGGUGCAGCACCUGCAGGGCCAUGGCUUGCAACGAGCUGCUUCAGCCGGCAGCCUGACAGAUGUCGGCAAAAUAACAAGUGGCCGUGCUCCCAGCAGGCAUCCUGGACCAGCCACCCCCCUCCGGCUGCUCAACCUCAACUGCAAGUCAUGAGACUCCAUGCGAAAUGCAAUAAGAUAAACAACGAGUUUGCCAGCCUUGUCAAGACUUUCAAAAGCUGAUCAAAACCCCACCAGCCCCAAAUAUUUAUGCAUUGUCACUAUGGCGAUGAAGAAAAAUACAUCCUGAGCUGCAGGAAGUGGGCUGCAUUUUCCAGGCAGGGAUGGGGAGGCAGGGGAAGGAUGGAGGCCAUCACAAACGUGGCUUUUUUUUUUUUUUUUUUUUUUUUUUUUUUAUAAAGUCUGGAGCAAAUGGCCUGGGAAAGUCAGUGUUGGAGCAGCAAGGGGUGAUGAUCGUGGGGCAGUCCCCUGGGGUGAGCAUGUGGGGGCGGCCCCAAAGAGCCCAAGGGAGCCCACGAGCAGCAGCAGGGUCCUGUCAGAGGAGCACAGGAUCCCCUGGCAGCACCCACUGCCCAGAGCUGGUGGGCAACAAAGGGGAGGCAGGAGCAGGGCUGGGCAUGGGCUGGGCUGGGGGGGGAUAGGGGGCUUGGCUAACCUUUCUGCUGCACGGUGCUCCUACUGCCUCCGCCCACACGCGCUCCCUGCACCCUCCUGGCAUCUCCAUGAAUUGGUGUUGAUGCAAGUGGGUUCAACAUGCUCAAGGUCCCUGUUUACAGCGUGACCCGUAGGAAUGGAAAACCUGACAGGCUCCCCUGCAGAAAGACCUAGAUAUUUCAUUUUUACAUCUUUUACAUUAUCCUAUUUCCAGAUACCGUCACCCAUACAGUGAGUGUGAGUUUAACGCACAGUUAAAUGCCAACACUGACACCACAGAGGUGGGGUUGCUGCUGGAGGCUGGCUUGCUACACACCACCAAAACCUGAGAUGUUACUAGCUGCAACAGCAACGUGUGGGGCAGGGCGAAGGUGUCUAGGUAUGUAUGUGCCAAGAGGAAGGGUGGAGGCUGGAGUCAGGAGAGAUGAAAUAGCUCCAUUAGAAAACCCUCCCCAGCUUGAUUUCUGCUAAAAUGCUGGAAGCCUACUUUAGGGGAUGAUCAUACAGGUGCCAGUGAUCUACAGGGUGGCCAUCAAAUGUGGCCUCUGAAGUGUUUUGGAGCUCCUGGGAGGUUGUGUUUGUGUAGAAGGGUCAUUUGGCUAAUUACUCGGGUGGGUUCACCCCUUGCCCCAGAAAGGCGGCAAUGCCUGUACCCACCCCAUGGCCAAGCUUUCCACAGGCCCAGAGGUAUUUACUGUUGGGCUGAUACCAACCAUCAUAUUUCUGGUCAGAAAUACUUCAUGUAUUUUAUUACACUUUCUCUCAUAAAAAUUGGCAAUGUAUGAGCACUACACACACAACAUAGUACACCUGUAUCCCUAUAGCCAUAUAUAAGUAUACACACACACAUAUAUACGUACUCCUAACAUGGACAUCUGGAUCCCCAGUGAGUCAGAGAGUCAAAAAUAAGAGUUUCUGGAUCUUGUGUUUGAGGUCUGUCAGAGAGAUGAGUGUGCGUGGGUUUAGUGUGGUCCCAGGCCCCAUUGAGGGAAACCUUGGCCAUUCACCCAAGCGAAUGUGAAGGUGCAUCUUCCAAAACAUCCCCUGAAACCACCCUGUGCCUGCGGCCGCUGGGUGCCCAUAGCUGUGGUGCAUCCCGGUGCCCGAGCUGGUGCAGGAGGCAGGUCUUGUGCCCUCCAAGGGACUCCAACCCCUGCCGUGGGGCAAGGCAACCCCACGUUGCAGCCAGGGUCCCAGGCACCAGGCGCUGCCUCCGUGCCUGCCUCCGUGCCUGCCCGGUGCCCUCUCCCCACCACGGCAGCACGUGCAGGAGGGCUCCCUGCAGCCACAUCCCCUCAGAUUAACACCGGGGGAUUGUUUGCUGCAUGUUUUCUGGUUACUUCAGUGACCCAGACCCUGGCACCUCAGCGGUCAUGAUGUGCAUCACGCAGCUGUCCCCUGUACGCUGAGGCAGGGCUUUGCUGGCACUGCCCUGUCCCAGUCUCGGGGACCACCAAAGCCUGCAAGGCAGUGGGGGGAGCUGCCCACGGGGGGCUGAGGGUGUCCUAGGGCUCGCCCAGGCUCCCCUGGUCACUCCCUGCAGGUGCCGAAGGCUGUGGCCAAGGGCUGGAGAGAGGUCAGGAGGUGGGCAUCGGCUCCUCACACCCACGAGCAGCAGGUUUUCAUCACAAUGUUCUCCAUGUGAUUCCCACUGGAGAUCUUCGCAUGGGGAGCACAUGGGGCACUGGUGUGCACUGAGGAACUGGUUGUGUUAACCCAUAUUCAUGUACCACUCAGUAAACCACACAUAAACAUGUAUUUCUGCUACUGUC